AGUGCGCCAUUUACGUCGAAAAGGCGCGUAAUAUAAAUUUGUCAACACAGACAACAUUUCCCGCUCUCUUCACUCUAGCUGGAAUCUAGGCCUUGCAGUCAGAGGCUGUUUCACUGCAGUCAUGCCCAAGCACAAAUCAAGCACCAGCAGUCAGAGUGGGGAGCCCAAGUCUAAGAAGGCCCGCACCAAGUCGAGCCGAAGUGACGAUAAUGAUGAAAGCGAGGAAGAGGAACUAACCAACCAGUCUCAGAGGCCAGACUUUACUGCUCCAUUGGAAGAGAGAGAAGCAGAAUAUGGAAUCAUUGAGAAAAUAUCAGUAAAGAACUUUAUAUGCCAUGGACGACUUGAAUGCAACUUUGGUCCAAAUGUCAACUUUGUUGUUGGGCGCAAUGGGAGUGGAAAGAGUGCGAUUCUGACAGCUAUUGUAGUGGGCCUGGGUGGAAAAGCCAUCGCAACAAGCCGUGGUAACUCUGUUAAAAACUUCAUCAAGGCUGGAAAAAACGUUGCUGAGGUAUGCAUCAAGCUGCGUAAUCGAGGAACUGAUGCCUACAAGCCAGACGUGUAUGGACCGUCCAUUACAGUGACGAGAAAGAUAAUGAGAGAGGGCGGUAACAGCUACAGAAUAACGUCAGCUAAGGGUAAAGUGAUAAGCAACAAGAAGGAUGAGCUGUCUCACAUCAUGGAUCAUUUCAACAUUCAGGUUGAUAACCCUGUAUCUAUCAUGAACCAGGAGACCAGUAAGAACUUUCUUCUCAAGCAAAGUGCCAAGGACAAGUAUAAGUUUUUCCUGAAGGCAACUCAAUUGGAUCAAGUCUCCAAUGACUAUCGUGAAAUUAUGCUGAAUAAGGGAAUUACAGAACAGAAGGUCGAUGCACAGAGUACUAAACUUCCUGCCCUGGAAUAUGAGGUAUUGGAGAUAGAACAGAAGUUCAAGGCGUUGACCUGUCUUCAUGAUUUGACCAAUAAGAGAGAGGAGCUUAUCAACCAAUCGGCUUGGGCACAAGUUGCAGAGUUGGAAAGGGAGAAGGACACCAAAAGGAAUGAAGUCCAACGUGAAGAAAACCGAGAGCCCAAGUUUGUUGAGAAAAUUCAACAACAGGAGGCUAAUGUGAAGAAAGCAGAAGAAAAGCACGCCCAGAUCCAGAGCCAAGGAGAAGCCUUGAGACAGAGACUGGAGAAUCUAUCCCCGCAACAUGACACAGCUAAAGAAAAUGUACAGAGGCUAAAAAAGACUGUCAAAACUCUCGAGAGAGAGAUCAAACAAAUAACCACGCUGAUCCAUAGUGAAGAAUCGGAUAAAAAUGACAUCUUGCAGAGAAUUCAGGAUGAAAAAGAAAGGGACCAGGCACAGUUUGAAGAGGAGAGGCUUGAGAGAGAAAGACGAGUCUCUGCUUUGAUGGAAGAGAAGAGAGAUCUGGAAGCUCAGAAGCAGAAUGCUGCCAGGGAGAUUGACCAGUUUGCUAAUGCCGUCAACAGUGCUAGAGAGAGAAAUUACUCACUGCAAUCCAAAGAUAGUGAGCUAAAUCAAGCCGUAACUGCUGGGAAGAGAAGACUAGAGAACCUUGAAGGAAGCAGAAAGAAUCGGCUGAAGCUGUACGCGGACUACAUGCCUAACUUACUGGCAGAGAUUGAUCGAUCUACUGCUAAAAAUCGGUUCCACGAGAAGCCCCUUGGUCCUGUGGGAUCAUUCCUUAAGCUGAAGGAUGUUCGUUGGGCGCUUGGUGUGGAAUCUUGCUUGAAACGAUUGAUGUUUUCCUUCUGUUGUCAUGACCAGCAUGAUGCUAGUAUUCUCAAAGACAUCAUGAAUAACCUCAUCCCACAGCAUGCUACUCAACCCUCCAUCAUCACUUCAAAGUUUGAGCCAAACCGGUAUGACAUCCGUCGUUCAACUGUGCAGAGUAACGACUUCCCUGGCUUUCUAGAUAUCGUUGAUGUCAGCAAUCCAGUAAUCUUCAACACUCUUGUCGAUCAGCGUGGUGUAGAGAGCAUCUUAUUGAUUGAGAGAAGCAAGGAUGCCAGGGCUUCCCUGAGACAGCCCCCUAGGAACUGCAGAGAGGCUUUCACCAUAGAAGGUGAUCAGGUUUAUGCUGGUGCUGAGCAGCGCUACUACUCGUCCAUGCAGAAAAGCGCAAAGAUUCUCCGGGGAGACACUGACAAUGAGAUCAGUGAAACAAAGAGAGAUAUGAGUGAAAACCAGAAGGCACUGAAUGAAAUAAAGCAAAAGAUUCAGGCUCUGAGGCAAGAUGUAAAUGAGAAUGAGAAUCUAAAGAAAACAGCACAGCGACAGAGGAAGAAGCUCGAGGAUAAAAUAGGCAGAAUUAACAAUCAAAUCACUCAGCUGGAGGCAGAAGGCGAGGGAGAAGAAGAGACCAACGUGGCAGAAUUGGAGGAGGAGGUCCGGCAGAUGGAGGCCAAGAUCAACGAACACAAGGAGAAGCUGGAGAGGUUCUCCAAGAACUUCAGGGCAGCUCGCAAACAGCUAUCAGAAGUAGAGACUCAGUUCAAGGUGGUGGAUGAUCAGAUCCAGGAGAUCAGCUACCAAGUGGAUCCUCUCAAGGAUGAUUUAGCUGGGGCUAGCAUUGAAGUGCAGACAAGUAAGCAACAUCGCAAGCAUUAUGAAGAAAAGAAGAAAGAACUGAUGGCAAAGAUUGCUAACCUCAAGAAAGAAGCUGAUGCAGCACAGAAAGAAGUAGAGGAUGCAAUAACAAAAGCCAUGGAGAUCUAUCCAGAAAGGCUGAAGGUGUCGAGAAAAGUGAGCAACAUUGACAAAGAAAUCAAGCAGAUCACCAAGAGGAUUGAGAAAGAGCAGAACAUGCAAGGAGAUCCUGAAGUUAUCACCAAGCUAUAUGAUGAAGCAAGGAAGAAUUAUCUAAAAGUCAAGAAGCAAAUAAAAGGCAUGAGGAGGUUUGUAGAGAAACUGCAAGUGAUCCUUGAUCAGCGGUUUGUGGUAUUAAAGGACAUACGUAGUUACAUAGCACAGAGGACCAAGUACUACUUCAUAGCCAUGAUGUCCACUCGUGGCUAUGUGGGUCAGCUCAUAUUCGAUCAUAAGAAAGAGGAACUUAUCCUCAAGGUGGAUCCAGGAGAGAGCCAGAAAGCCAAGGAUGUGUCUAAGGACGUGAGAAGCCUGUCUGGUGGAGAGAGAUCAUUCUCUACAGUGUGUCUUAUCAUGGCCCUCUGGGAGUCUGUGGAAUCCCCCUUCAGGGCCAUGGAUGAAUUUGAUGUUUUCAUGGACAUGAUGAAUAGGAAGAUCUGCAUUGAGUUGUUGCUGAAGUUUGCCGAAGAUCAACCAAUCCGACAAUUUAUCUUUCUUACUCCCCAAGAUAUGAGUAAGAUCACCCCAAAGCCGUCGGUACGAAUAACCCGACUCCACGACCCUGAGCGGAACCAAGGGUACAUCACAGCAGAACCCAAUGCCACUCAAGAUGAAACGAUGGAGGAGGGAGAGUAGCAGAACCGUGAUGGGACAGAAGGAAUGCCACCCAGUGCCUUGUGGUCAUCACUUGACAUUAAUUUACAUCAAUGGACACUUGUGGAUGCAUCCAUAUUAAACUUGCCAGCACUUGUACACUACAAAAUGUAUUAAAGAGAUGAAGAAUCUCCCCUUUGAGCAAUAAUCAAGCAGAUUUUCAGUGUGGAUCUGUGGCUUAAUAUUAGUGAGAUCUGGGACCCGUUUCACAAAGCCUUUUUUCCAUGACAAAUGACAAAAAUCAGUGACAAAUCUGCUGACAACCAAUCAGAAGCAAGGAUUUCAGUAGCUUAUAACAAAAAUUGUCAUUUGUCACUGAUGACAAGUUCUGUGAAACGCCCCCUUGAUUGGAUAGCUUACCAUGAGAUGAUAACUGAAGUGGACUUUGAUGAGGCUGGUGCUUGUCGUGAGAGUCAAACCUGUUAGGUUAGAGAUGAGCUCCAUGAGCCAGGUCUAAGAUUAAAGGUUGAUAGUUGGAGGAAAGUCAGGGCUGUUGAUCCGGAACUGCCAGGAAAUCAGUUGGAUGAAUUUUCUGAAGAAUCGGAAAGAAAACAUCGUUAUUUUGUGUAGCAGCCAGUAAAAGCAGUGAUCAUUUGUCCAAGCUUCAGUAUAACAUAAUAAGUGAAUGAGACCAUAAUAUAUUGUAAGUGAUAUAGGUGUCUGCUUCAAGUAAAACUCUUUAUCUUUUAAAAAGGAGAUAUCGUGUAAAAAUUAAAAAGAAUAUUGAAUUUCUAAGUACCCAUUAUUAGAAACUUAUAACCGGUUAUGACCAAUUACAACAUAAAAAGGUAAAAAUCACUGUGAUGCAACUUGUCACACUUUUAACAGAUAGAUACAUUGUAAUGUAUUUAACUCUGUAACUGAUACAAUAGUAUUGUAUUUAACUAUGUGACUGAUACAAUAGUGAUUUAUUUAGCUAUGUGACUGAUACAAUAGUGAUGUAUUUAACUCUGUAACUCAUACAAUAGUAUUGUAUUUAACUAUUUGACUGAUAUAAUAGUGAUGUAUUUAACUAUGUGACUGAUACAAUAGUGAUGUAUUUAACUAUGUGACUGAUACAAUAGUGAUGUAUUUAACUCUGUGACUGAUACAAUAGUGAUGUAUUUAGCAGGUGUACAAAAUGGCCUAUGUCCACAGUAAGUUAUGUGAGAAUUAGUACAUCAACUGAAGCUCCCACCAGUAUCAUACUGAUCAUUAAUUCUUUGAUGAAUAAUGAAUUUAUUAAAUAGGUCUGGUAGAGAGCCAAGUAAGGGGAAGUGUUUAAGCCUAUCUAUGUAUAUUUUCCAUGUGACUCGUAAUUGUUGUAUUAUGAAUGCCAUCUGAUGCUGAAAGUGCAGUACGCUGUGAGACAAAUAAAGAGUUUAAUUCCAAAAGGAGCUAAAUACAUUGUAACUUCAGAGAAAAAAAGGAAUUGUUCAUCAGAUUUUGUACAGGUAUCUAUGGAAAAGUGAUAUUAGAAGGUGCAUUUUGUUCACAAUUGCUCUGAUAUCUAUACCUCAAUUUUCAUCAAAAAUGGAUUUAGCUCCUUUUGGAAGUAAGCUCUUAAUAUACGCCAUUCAAUGUGUAAAUUGUGAUAUGGAGCUGUUUGAACCUUGUUUGAUGAACUCUGGGUAAAGGUGACGAUAUGAAAUUUUGCUGUAAAGAUCUUUAAGUUCACAUAAAUGAAAUCAUAAGAGAUUGGCUGACCUUAUGAAGCAAUUGUACCAUUAUUAAUAAUUGCAUAUUUGAAUCAUGAAGUCAGACUUGAUUGAUUAUCUAUCCCUUGGCCUAGUCUGAUUAGACCGUUGGUUAUUUUUUGACAUGAUGGUGUGCAUGUUACAAUUGUUACUCCAAAUUUGAGCAUACUCCAAACAAUACAAGUGAAUAUUAUACAACAUACAAUGCUUGACUUGUAAGAGUUUGGGGAAAAGAGAGCAUAUUACAAUGCCCGACUAUCUAACAGAAAAGGUUGCACCGCUCGACAUGGUAUAAAGACAGAUACCAUCUGACA